CAGUCUGAAUUCGUCAAACUGAAUAAAGAAGUUGGCAGAAUGUGCAAGCAACCUAAGUUGAUGUUUUCUACUGGUUAUUAUGUUACGUGUUAAGGUUGUGAAAAUGUGCUUUUAAAAAAGAGUAAAUCAAUACAAUUGCCAUGGAUGCCAAUGAAGAUUGUAAAGAACAAAGUUCACUAAUGGAGACCAUGGAUGCCUCAAAUUCCUCACAAGGUGCUAAGUUUGACCAGCUGCAGUUGUUGGACGGCAGAGAAAAUCAGGUCAAGAACGAAGCCCAGGUCAUGGUAGUGACCACCAGUACCAACUCAUCCUUUGAUAUCCCUUUCAGUCACCUGAGAACCGUAGAUGGUCAAUCCAUUGAUAUUGGGCAGCUCAGCAUGAUCAAUAGUCAGCCCAUUCAAUUGUCCUCCGUCAUGAGCGGCAGCGGACUAGGGGAAAUAACUCUGAUGGGAACGUUGAUGGCACCGCAGGCUGGGGGCGAGAACCAGAUUAAUCUCGUCCAGUCUGUGGCAUUAGACUCUGGUGAGCAGGAAGGGGAUGAAGACCAAGUAAUGAGUGCAGGACAAAACUUCACGUUUACUCCAAUCCAGAACGUCUUCAAUGUGAUAGGAAUUCCCCAGGGAGCUGACCAAUCAGGGAUAUACUCGGCAGGUAUAAACUGCGACCAAAGCUUGUCCAAUGAGUCUAGUCCCGAAAUGACCUUGAAUGAUGAGGUCAAGGUAAAGAAAAUGGAACCACAAGUUGUGAGCAGAAAUGUUGUUCAGAACGUUCAGUUGUCUUGGCCUGAAACAACCAGUAUGAGAAGCAGCAACAUUCAGCUUGUGAUUCCAGAGGAAAUAGCGACAUUUGAUGCAGAGUCUGCAGGUAUUACUCCUCAUACAAAGUUUGUAUCCGGCCCUUCUCAUCAUAGUUUAGCAAGGGACAGAAUACCUAACCCAAAGUAUGUGAGCCUUCUUUCGUCCAAGAGUGCAGAGAAAAUGAAAACUGGUAAAUCACAAAAUGUAGAUGUGAGCAGUAGUACCAGACCUGGGGCAGAGGCAUUCAGAAGGACCGAGGCCGAUCAAUCAACUACCGACCAUAAAGACAUAGAUAAAAAGAACAAAAAUGAGAUAUACUCCAUGGUACUAGACCAGCUUCUAAAUCAGCAUUCAGCGCUGGUAGAAAUGGUUACCAUCUGUCAGACCGUCAACACGUCCGAAUCUGUGCAGUUCGAAAAAGCGGUGAGAAUCUUCACAGAAAAACUCUCUGGCCUACUGGAAUUUCUGGGCGUGGUCAAAAAUGUGAUUGACAGCUGUUUGGGGCGGGACUUGAAGGUUGACAUGUCCACUCAAACAGAGGAGGGUGGGCCUUCCCCCAGCGGUGAUGCUAGCCACUCCGUUUAUUCGAGCGUGUCGGGGCGUAAAAUCCGUCAGACGGAGCGAUUUCAGGGUUUUCUGGAGCUGGAGAAUUCUACAACUGUCAGCCCAAGAAAUGAAUUCAAGUCUCACAGUCGGAAAAGAAGAAGGAAUGUCAAAGCUGGAUCAACUGAUACAAAUCAACUGUAUGAGCCACCUCUGCAGGAAGCUUCCAGUUCAUUGGAGGGGAACACUUCUACCGCAGAGGGCAAGAUAUUGUCAGAGUCCAGCCUGUCUGUUGAUAGCGACUCUCUGGGUGGAAUUAUCACAAACGGAACAGACCAUUUAAACUUGGAAGCUGUAGUAGAACAAAAAGAAAAGUCAAUUUAUCUCAGGAACUGCAUAGAUGGGAGCAGGCUUGAUGCACCCACAAAUUGGGUCAAACACGCAGCAAAUUUAGAUGUUGAAGCAUUGAAACCUGAAGUUGGAAUCCGAAGAAAGAAAAUGAUAAAAUCCAAAAAGCAGUACGAGGCGGAGGCCCAGUUUAAGUUCUUUUGUCAAAACUGUUCCUUCAAGUCCAAGCGUGAGAGCCAUUUCCGUCGCCACAUGGAACUGCAUGAAAGAGUCACAGAACUCUAUACCUGUAAGCUGUGCAAUUUCAAAACGAUUCGCCAAAGCACGUUACGGAAGCACGAAAUCAACCACAGCAGUAGUAAAAUCCGGUGCAAGGAAUGUCCAUACGUGACGGACAGCGACAUGCUACUGAAACGUCACGUCAACGUCAAGCAUGGCAGUAGAAAGCGGCGACAUAGAAAAGAGAAAUCCUUGACGUACGUUUAUAAAUGUAGCCAUUGCAGUCUAACGGUGCCGAAUCUGGCGAAAUACAAGAUCCAUCUCAAAACGCACAACGUCGACGCAGACGCGAUGGAGGAUUUGACAUAUCAGUGCGAUCAGUGCGACUACAAAACGAAGAGGAAGGAGCACAUGAAGCGACACAAGACGAACCACUCCGGGGACCGGCCGCACCUUUGUGACACGUGCGGCAUGGCGUUCAAGAGGAGUGACACGCUCAGUCAACACAAACAGGUUCACCUGGAGAAGGUACAGAGGAAGCUCAGGUUUGUGUGCCAGAUCUGUCACAAGGCCUUCAGAUCCAAGUGUCACCUGGCCGAACAUAUGGCAAUGCACUCUAACAACCGGCAGUUCCUGUGUGAUGUGUGCGGAGCUUCGUUCAAAACCAAAUCCUGCCAACUGAAACACGUCCGAAACAUCCACCAAAAUCCGCGCUCCUUUCCGUGCAACGUCUGCGAGAAACGCUUCAACACCAAUUACGCGCUCAAAAGACACGAGCGCACGCACGAAAACGACCUGAAAAUGAUGCCAGCUUCCGCCAACGUUCUUGUCCCUCAGAAUUUCCUGGCGGAUGUUUCCGCUCAAGCGGAACUUGUUCAAGCGACCGACAUUAUUAUAGCUCCGCCCAUGGACGAGAGUUUUGAACAGGGUAGCGACGUCAAGUUACAGCAAGUUCUCAGUGAAAAUAACUCGGCCAUCAUGUUCUUGUCCAGUUCCUUACCAACUUCUUGGAGUUGAUGUUUACUGAUAUUAGUAACUUAUGUAAUUU